AUGUCUGUCACUUUGCAUACAACCCAAGGCGACUUGAAGGUCGAGCUUUUCUGCGAAGCUGUCCCCCAAACCGCAGAGAACUUCCUUGCCCUUUGCGCGUGCGGCGCAUACAACAACACACCGUUCCAUCGCUUGAUCCCGGGAUUCAUGAUUCAAGGCGGAGACAUCUCCCUCGGCCCAGCCGCGAAACAACAAGACUCCACCAAGCCCAUGCUCGACUUCGAGAUUCCCAAAGGCGGCACAUCCAUCUAUCACCCAACAGCGUUGAACCAAGAAAUCCACCUUCCUUCACUACGCCACAACGCACGGGGCAUCUUGUCCAUGGCAUCUCGCCCGGUGAAAGAUGGAACAGCGCCAGGAUCCCAGGGCGCGACGGGCGCCACGAUUAACGGAAGCCAAUUCUUCAUUUCAUUCGUGCCAGCUCCUCACCUGGAUGGGGCCAGCACUGUGUUUGGAAAAGUGUUGAACUUGAGCCCGCAGGAUGAGGGCGGUGAUGUUCUCACGAAGCUCGAGAAGGCACAUGUUAAAGUUGAUAAGAAGGGCAAGGUCUCCCAGCCUAAGGAGGGUGAAGACUUUGAAGAGUUUCGGAUCAACCGCGUUACGAUCCAUGCCAAUCCGUUUGCGAAGUGA